GCAACAAACAAUACAUAUAGCGCGUGUUUUGCUUUGGAAAAACACAAAUAAGCCAUAGUAUCAAACAAUGGCAGAGUUGAAGCUACAUGGAUUUUGGUAUAGCCCCUUAACUUUGAGGGUGAUAUUGACCCUAAAGUUGAAGGGUAUAACAUAUGAGUAUAUAGAAGAAGAUCGCUUCAAUAAGAGCCCUCAACUUCUUGAAUACAACCCUGUGCAUAAGUUGACUCCAGUGCUUGUUCAUCAUGGAAAAUCCAUUUGUGAGUCUAUGAUUAUUGUUGAAUACGUUGAUGAGGUUUGGCCACAGAAUCCUUUGGUUCCUCAUGAUCCCUAUGAUAGAGCUCAAGCAAGGUUUUGGGUUGCAUAUGCUGAUCAAAUGCAGGAAGGAGGACAUGGAAACUGCAAUGAGGCCACUAAUGUGGCUGGAGUUGGUGUGAACCAUAAGGAAAAAGCUAAGAAAGAUAAGAAGAAACUACCAAAAGGAGAGAAAAAAACAACUGCUGUAGCUCCAGAAGGUACACCUCAAGAGAUUCCUUUGUCACAAAAUGCACCACAAUCAGAGGAGGUCCAACAUGCUACAAAUCCAACCAACAUUCAACAAGGGUCAUCUGAUGUAGUCUUCACAACUCAAUCCAAUCCAACCCUAAGGUUAAAGAACCCUGUUAUCAGGCCCCCACCUCCACCAACACCCAACAUGUCAAGUUUCAUGCCCACACCCCCACCAGCACCAAGGCCUACACUCUGGUUCAAAUCUCAACUAGGACAAGG